AACACGCCGACUUCAUGAGAUAUAUCGUAAUCACCUCUUUUUAUUUGGUGAAUAAUUGGAUUAUCAGUAAGUCCUAUCAAUUCGAAAGUCUUCUAUGACAAUAAUCUUUUAAAACACCAACGUUUUGGAGGAACUAUUAGGCCCUAGCUGCGACAGAUUCGCCCGGCAGAUUCAAGGUGAAAUUUUUAUCAAUCCAUGCAGAAUCUAUUGGCGGUCGAAAAAUAUUACGCAUAACAUACCCACACAAUGGGAAAUAAACAGAGCGCUGAGAGGUCGAAAUUAACCACAUUACCAAAGAACCAUAAACGAUGGUGUGUCUUUGGAAUUGUUCUCAACCAUGUCGUCGUUCCCGCAAUACGUCCUUUUCUAGAGCAGGAAAUUCUCAACGAGUACAACUACCUUAAAUUGAACCACAAUAUUCAUGCUCAGACCAAACACAGCUUUCCUACAUCGAUAUACCCAGCUGGUAAUGCUAUGAAAUACGAGAACAUCAACGGGAAUGAUACCAAGCUAAAAGCCCCGCAUCAUAGAAAGUUUGAUUACUCCAAGUUUGACUACAAAGUUAAUUCCCAUGUUGACUUUGGCAAACUCUUUCUGCAGAAUCACAUGGCUAAGCUCAGCGCAUUUGAUGACACCUGUGAUGCAUCCGCUGUGCUUAAUCUACUUGGAAAAGUUCCUGUGUUUUCUGUUGCUCUCCAAAAUGCUGCAAAUGUUGUCAGAGAGGGUAGAAACACUUGGGCACAUUGUGAUUUUACUGAGUGGGAUGAAUCCAACUUCAAGAAGAGUUUUGACGACAUGGAAAAACUGCUAAGAGAAGUUGGUUUAUCUCCUGCAGAUGAAUUGAAAGUUUUAGCCGAUCUUAAUGACUGGAAAGCCAAAGGUGUUGCAUUGUGUAUGAAUGCUUCAAUUGAUUCGGAGCUAGUCAAAGUAAUGCAAGAACAUGUUACUAAAUUGUCAAGUGACGUGAACAAGAUGGCGUUUGAGAGUCAAGAAGAAUUGUGUAAUUUGAAAGAAAUUUUGGAAAAUACUCACCAAAAUUUACAAAAUUGCGAGAAACGAGUGGAAAAUAUGGAGCUUACCCAGGAUACUAUGCAACAUGAACUAAGUUCCACAAUUGACAAAGUAGAACAAUUGAACACCAAUCAAAAAGUUAUCCAAAAAGAACAGAGUUCUAUUUCAGCCAGAGUUGAUUUACAUCAGACCGGACAUGAAGCCAUUCAACAACGUUUCACAAAAAUAGAGGGCCGACAGAAUAUUUCUUACGGUUUCUCCGAUUGUACUUCUGACAUUGAAUAUUUUGCUGGACGUUACGAUCCAGAUACAAGACUUUGGCUACUGCAAGAUUUCAACAAGUGGUUUAGUGAUUCUGGUAACUCCAGAGCCUAUGUGCUGCUGGGUGAUGCCGCAGUUGGCAAAAGUGUCGUGGCUGCUGUCGUUGCUCAGAGAGCAAAGAAGAAUGGAAGCAUGGCAGCAGCGUACUUUUGUCGUCACUACGAUGGUACACGUCGUGAUCCCAGGUAUCUGCUUGGUACUAUCUCUUAUCAACUGUGUAUUUGUAAUAGUGAAUAUGAUAGAGUUGUAGGAGGAGAGUCCGCGAUACAAAAUAUGUUGACUAAUACUAAGCUAGGAGUUCACGAGCUGUUUACAAAAUUGCUAGAAGAGCCAUUAAGUAAAUGCGGUCUUAUUCCGAAGAAACUUGUCGUGAUUGAUGCACUAGAUGAAGCAGAAUAUUUGUCCAGAAAAGAUUUUCUUGAUCUCAUAAUUAACCGUUUUCUCAUGCUUCCUAAAUGGCUCGUUUUCUUCAUUACUAGUCGACCGGAGGACAUCGUCCAUUUCCAAUUGCAAACGUACAACCCAUGUAUUCGAAUUUGUGCAGGUAAUAGCAAAAGUGCAGGCUUUUAUAAACAGCAUAAACAGGAUAUUCAGCGCUUUUUAGAGAAUAAGUUAAACUUUGUGGGUCUGCCCUACACUGCUGAACAACUAACAGAAAAAUGCAAUGGAAUGUUUUUGUACGCUUUUUACAUUGCGGAACAUCCUGACCAGAUUAAGGAUGGUGCACAUAUUUUCCCUGAUAAUAUUAACGAAUUCUUCUACAAAAAUUUCGAACGCGUCAAAGAAAAAAUAGGUGACCCUAUCUAUAGGAAAUUGUUUGGCUGUGCUUUGGUGGCACCUUCUCCACUUCCUGUUUCAUUUAUUUCGUUUCUUUUGAAAAGAGAAAACAACGCUCUAAAUGAGCAGGAAGUCAUUGAUGCUGUUUCGCUGUUUGUUGCCUUACGAACUUCAGAUAAAACUUUUGCGUUUCUUCACGGUUUGAUUCCGUCCUGGUUAUCUGAUGAACACAAGGCGUCUCGAGAAUUGUUUAUUGACAAAGUUGUGUCAAGCAGAUACUUUACAAACAUUAUCGUUGAAUUUCUCCAUUCUUUUCUUGAAGAACAACAAAAUGACCCUUCGUUUGACGACACUUCACGCGAUGUAGUGACAUAUAUCUUAGUUAUUGGAUUUCGUUUGUUGUAUCAGUCAGGUACAGAUGUGUCUGUGCACUCCGAAAUUGUUUUUAGGUGCCUGACAAACUACUGCUUUCUUAAGCAGCGAUUAGAAAAUAACAAACUAGGAAUUUAUUCUCUCCUUGAAGAUCUAGAGCUAUCUGUUGCCAACAUAGGGUUUCAUCAGGAGAAAAAAGCUAUCCUAGAUAACAUCGCUUCGGUUCUUAGGGAAGACAAAUAUAUUGUUCUUGGAAGUUCUGAACUUCUCGCCUCUUGUCUCCAGAAAGCAUCUCAGCUUACACAGGCCAAUAUUAGGCCACCAAAUUUUUUAGCUCUCAGUGGAAUUAUCCAAGGCCAGUCAUGUAAUGCAUUCGAUCAUGCUGUCUCUGUGAAAAAUAUUUUUGAUGGCAUGCAGUUCUGUACAUUUUCUCAUGACAAACGCUUCCUUGCUGGAGCGAAAGGACAUUUUAUAUUUUUGUAUCAUUCGGUUUCUUUCCAAAAAAAAUUCGGGCCAAUUGAAGUGGUGUUUGAAAAUGACCAAGAUAUAUCACAUUUGGAAUUUUCUCCAGAUGACGAAUUCAUAUUUUUUGGGAGACUUGACCGAUGGUUAUCGGUGGAGGAGGAACGUGUCGUGGAGAAAACUCAGUUUACGGGGAACUUUAAGUGUUAUGAAUGGGGUUCGUUUAUUUCUAAUGGCCAAUAUAUUGCGGUGAGUGGGCAAAUUCCUAAACAUCCAGUUUGUUUGCGUCACAUGCUUUCUAGAUGGGCAAUUAAGGAGUUGGCUUUAUAUGGUGAUAGAGAAUUUUGUCCGGAAGACAGAUGGUUAGGUUAUACUCGGGAAAUGCAUCAUGAAAUCCUCUUACCGUUUUCUGAAAGCCACAAAAAUUGUGAGAACUAUGAAGAACUUGACAAUCCGGAGAUGGAUAUUCGCGAACGAAUUUCUUUUUAUUAUGCUGAUAUCUUUGAGCGUCAAAUCUGGAAUGUCGAGACUGGAAGGCCUGUGUUAGAAGAGAUGUUUUCCUCGCAGAUAAAGUCAAUGCCAUUUUUCUAUCUUUGGCACAUUUUUUCUGUCAUGCCUAUUGAAUAUAUCAUAUCACAUGCAGAAGAUAUUGCGCUUCAUGACAUUGCAAUAUUUCACGCCUUUUAUAGAAUUUUUGGUCUUUCGAUCACUGUAUUGGAUGAUCUGCCAAUUGACUAUCUAAGCAUCAGUGAGGAACGUUUUUUUGAUAUCUUUUUUGAGGGAUGUCUGCAUUUAUAUUUAUCGGAUUAUGUAAAUGCAAAAUUACGUAAGGAGCAAGAGACCAUCGACUUUUCUCCGUGUGCGUUAACUGUAGAAGAAGAUCUGUUGCCAAGUGAAAGUUUCAGAGAGAAAAGUCUUCAUUACAUUUUCCAUCAAGGUUUAGAACCUUAUCUAUCGAAAAAAAUAGGUCGUCGUUCAAAGAAGCACUGUUUGUUUAGCCGGUUUUCCUCGAGUAGCGAAGAUGAUAGCCAAGAUUUGUCUAAAAUUUCACUUCAUAAUAGGCCGGUUUCAAAUAUAUUGUCGUCUCUAUCAGAGCUGAAAGAUUUGUACAGCAAAUAUACUCUUCUCGCAGGAACUGUAGACAAAGAUCUGUUAAAACAGUAUUCUGCAGGUAAAAGUGUAAAUGUUUUGUCUAUAAGGUGUUUUGGUUAUUCUGAUAGUUACACUACUCCGAAACAGCUUGUAGUUAGUAAUAGUAAGUUCAAGCUGUUUGAAGAGAUACACGAAAGUAUUUGGAAAAAUCGUCCAACUGCGUUACUUGAAAUGAAAAUGGUGGACAAUCUUGCUUUCAUCCACGACGAUUAUAUUAUCUACGUUUCUGGGCAGAAAUUGUUUGCAGUUUCUCUUCAGACAGGCACAGAGAUUGAAAGUACUUCAACAGUAGUUUCGUUUCCUUGGUCUUUUGAAUACUACCACCACGUGCACAGUAAAUUUCGAUAUAUUUUCAAAGGCUUUAACAAUGAGGCCAAAGUUGUUUCAUUACAAGAUUUGCCUGGAGAAUUUGUUCGUUAUUGGUUUAGAAAUUAUACUAAGCCAAUUCAGCCAAAUAAAGUUACAUUCACCUCACCUGAUUCAAUUAUAUUUCUCUUUGCCGAUGGGUUGUGCCUGUCGUACAACUUAACCGAUAAAGACAUGAUCCAGCAUGACAUUCGAUACUUAGGUAAGAAUGAGCACUCAACAAAGGACUUCGUGAAGAAAUGUACUUUUUCUCAUGAUGGAAAAAUAAUCGCCAUGCACCAAGGAUCUGAGCUCAUUUUAUUUAAAGGUGGAAAGUUUCUUUGCUCAGUUUUUAAUAUCAAAGAAGAACGCGAAUACCGUAUUCCUUAUCUAAUAUUCUCAACUGACAACUCUUUACUUCUUUUUUGCAUCCAAAAAGGUGAUGGUGAGAUUUAUGGCCAGCCUUUCUACGUAUGGGAUGUGACGAAUCGCGUUUUUUCUCACCUUAUACGCCUUCCGUAUACCACGAUGCGUAUAGAAAGUGUUUGCUUUUCUUCAGAUAUUACCAAGUUGUAUUUCUGUAACGCAAUGUCUGUUCUUGUACUAGAUUACCCUCCAAAUAGUUCUUUCAACCUUGUGCACAUGCCUAACGUGCAUCGCAUAGCAUAUCGUAAAUGUAAUUAUUGCACCGUCUCGUCUGACAAUAAGCUUCUUGCUUGCUGUAUUGGUAAUAAGAUUCUCAUCCUCCCUGUUAAUGGUUCAAAUAGUUUUUGGAAUGUGCCAAACAAUCAUACGGGUAGAAUUGAAUAUUGCAAAUUUCUGCGAGAGAAUCGCUAUCUGAUAUCUUACGGUGUCGAUGGUGUUGUGUUUUUGUUUGAUCUCUCUGUGUGGAAAUCCAUCGCAUACGUGAGUCAAGAAUCGAUUAUCAGCAUGGCAAUGUCUCCAGAUGAGGACAAAAUUGUUUCGCUUGGAUCUUCUGGUGAGAUAAGAAUGGUUAAACUCUUUGGGCUCAAAUACGGGCUGCCUCCAAAUUUCGAGUUACCCUCAGAUUUUCGUGUGCAAGCGAAUAACGAAAAACAAGAAUCGAAAAUUUUUCCACAAAAAUUUCCAUCAUCACUCGAAAAAGAUUAUUUGAUUGAUAUAACAUUUUCUGAUCAUAGCAAUAGCAAUACUAGCAGUGACGAAGAUUAAUCAGGGAAGAUUUCACCUUUGGCCAUGCACAUGCAGUAACAGGUUUCUUUUGAAAUUGCGAUCUAUGGUUUAGAAUGAUUUAGAAUGAUUUAGAAUGAUUUGGAAUGAUUUGUGGUUAGUCUUUAGUCGUUCAGUAUAGAAAAUCUUUUCUAUAGAGUCGGUGCAACUAGCUGAAGCUAAAACUUUGGCGAUGAUGUCCAUAGUAAAUCGAGGUAACAUAAAGAAAAAUUGAAGAAGCGAAAAAAAAUUAUUAGAAUAUGCAAUAUCUUUUUAAAACCAAAUAUCACAAAUUCAAAAAAUUGAUAGUAUACUAUAGCAUUGAGCAUUCGUGCAUGUUAACGUUAGCAAAAUACAGAAAUUUGAGAUUAUUUUUGCUUAUUACCAAAGCACGCAAUUGCAGGACUUGUUUAAAAGGUAAUUCUUUUAUAUCAAUAUCAUCCCGACUGAUUUGUAAUUGUAGCUGUAAUUACAAUGUAGUGUAUUUGGGCGAAAUUUAUUUCAUAACUCGAAUAUCUCUACUCAUCUUUCAAUCUUUUGCAAACCUACUGGCUUCCGACACCCAUUGAUUUCAAGCAUGAAUUCACUUAUGUAUCCCAUAUAAUUAUAAUGAUAACGCUUUUUAAUACUGAAUUGUGAGUUCCGUCAUUUCAGGACUUUUUCUGCCUCAUUAAAAAGCCACUUGCUUGCUUGAAUGUGGAAUUGUGGAUGCAAAAUUAUCGGAAGUGAACGGCUUUUCGAGAACAACUGAACUGCGGCGAGACAAGUAGCGACUGUUUUUACUAUACUUCGUUUAACUUGUCUUGCUAAUCUUAAUGGCUUUUACAACUAGCGCAGUUAUUGUUGGAUCUAUCUAACAAUAAGUUGGAAGUAUCUAUUUAUUCACUUUAGUCUAGACCUUUUUUGAAAAAUCUCCUAAAACCAAGAAAGAUUUACUCACGCUCAUUGUAUAUAUAGGACAGGAAAAAUGAUCGUGAUAAAGUAAACCUUCUUCAAGGAGAAGGCUUUGGGUGAAAACCACCGCUACCCUAUACUAAUUCAUAAAACCAAACCCCGGGUAUCGUAACCGUUCUUUGUCAUUUGAGGUGAUCUUGACCUUUCACUCAGUUAGUGUAAGUGUGAAUGGGUUUCAGAAUAUUUACACAUUCUUGUGCUAAAUGAAUUGUGAGAUAUGCCAAAAAUGCUGGGUCGGUUGUACGAUGGCCGGAUAGCGCUAUCCAUGCACCGAAAACACAGUUUUUUAUUCGCUCAAAAAUUAUUAUCGAAAUAGUAUUUCUUUAUUCAU